AUGGCUGCAGAAGAAAUAUCCCCAGAUUUCCCGUUUGAGAAGAAACGUGUCAAUACUCUCGAUUCCUUCAUGGCUUAUGUCGACACCGGUCAUCCCAGUACAGCUGCAACGACAACCGUUGUCUUCGUGCACGGAAAUCCAACGUCAUCUUAUCUUUGGCGCAAUGUUAUUCCGCAUGUAUCACCUGUUGCCCGUUGCGUCGCGCCUGAUCUUGUAGGCUUUGGAGAUUCGGGAAAGAUGCCUUCAGGCGGAUACUACAUUAAAGAGCAUAUUGAGUAUUUUGCGGCGUUUAUGGAAGCUGUAGUACCAGCGAACGAAAAGGUGGUUUUCGUUAUACAUGACUGGGGCUCUGGUUUGGGGUUCGACUGGGCACGAAAGAAUGAGGAACGGAUGGCUGGAUUGGUUUGCAUGGAGUUCAUUCACAUGAUGGUGACUACGGAGGACUUCGUAGGCUGGGAGAGGAAUCUGAGUAAGAUGCGCGAUCCCGAAACUGGGCACCAGUGUGUCAUUGAAGAGAAUUACUUCGUUGAAGUUAUUCUUGGGGAAGAAGGUACUUCAAAGGAAUCUCUUCCUGACGCGGUAAUGGGACACUAUCGUAGGCCGUUUGCACAUCUGGCUGACCGCGAACCCCAAUGGCGGAUGCCUAACGAGAUUCCACUUGAGGGUCGUGCCCCAGAAGUCGGCGAGAUUCUCUAUAAAGCUUGGAACUGGUGA